AGCUCACCUUGCCAGCGUGGCAUAGAUUCCCCAAUCGCAACGCGGCUUGGAGCCUUCUAACCUCCCAGUGUCCGACGCAUGUCAACAUGAGAUCCACGUCCUAGCUCCGGGAUUGGUCCGAUGGCUGGUCCGCGGGUUCCGACAACACCUCCCUUUUUGCGGCGGGCAGCGACAUGCUGCUAAGCGCACGGAAGCAAGUAACUACUAUGCGAUACAUUCAGUUAUUGACGAUUUUCUAGCUAGCUAAAUAACUUCUAAGAGGGGGCUGGUGCUGCAGAUUUUAGCACUACGCAGACGAGCAGGGCAGAUAAAGAAAACACAAAGAAAUCCAGGGGACGGUUUGAGUUACGCAAAGAGAUCCAAAGGAAAUAUUUCAAGACUGUCCUAAACAACGUGCUCCGUCGCUUGUUGAUCUCGAUGGCGCCUCCCUCGCUCCUUCAACGGUGCGCCACACAGUAUUUAGUAGCAGCCACUACGAGUGGUCUCAAGGCCAGUACUAAUAGCAGCGCCGUUAUUAGCUUUCACCGACAAUCCACAGUACCAAGCUGCUCUCGUUUCCCGCUCGUAGUAAGCACUUCCCUUAGCGGCAACCCUACUAUCCGCGACAGUACUUCCUCGUUUAUAGCUAACAGGUUCCGCAAACGAGGCGGCGCCAAUCCAGCCACCAACCUCUCUCCAGCAGCAGCCAGAAUGCCGCCCACCGCAACUGCUGCCGCAUCCUCCGCCGCCGAGAGCGGCGGCAAAGGCGACGCGCCAUCCGCGCCAGCUGCAGCGGCGAUCCCGUUCCGCCAGCUCGUGACGGCGGACGGCUCGAGCGGGUUCCCCGCGGAAAGCGGAAGGUACCACCUGUACGUGAGCUACGCCUGCCCCUGGGCGUCGCGGUGCCUCAUGGCGCUCAAGCUCAAGGGGCUGGAGGACGCCGUCAGCUACUCGGUGGUGAACCCCACAUGGGUGCGCACGCGGGAGGGCGAGGAGCACUACGGGUGGGCGUUCCCUGCUGCGGAAGGGGAGGAGGAGGUGGAAGGGGCCCAGCCGGACCCCAUCUUCGGCGCUCGGUUCGUCCGCGACAUCUACGAGAGGAUAGACCCUUCGUACAAGACAUUUUCCGUGCCGAUCCUCUUUGACAAGAAGGCCAAAACGAUCUUGAACAAUGAUAGCGCCGAGAUCAUGAGAAUGCUCAACUCAGAAUUCAAUGCUGUCGCCAGCAACCCCCACGUGGACCUCUACCCUGCUGCUUUGAGGGACGCCAUUGAUGGGGUGAACUCGUGGGUUGGACCGGCGAUCAACAGCGGCGUGUUCAAGUGCGGAUUCGCCAAGGAGCAAGCAGCGUAUGAUGAGGCUGUAGCAGCACUCUUCUCAGCCUUGGACCGCUGUGAGGCCGUCUUGUCUCGGCAGCGCUACAUGGCAGGAGACGCCUUCACUGAGGCUGACAUCCGCCUGUUUGUGGAUCUGAUUCGAUUCGAUGAGGUGUACUACGGUCACUUCAACUGUAACAAGAGGAUGAUCCAGGAGUACCCCAACCUUUUCAACUACACCAAGGAAGUUUUCCAGCUGCCCGGGAUUGCCAGCACUGUGAACAUGGUCCACAUCCGCAGGAAGUUUUUCUGCAGCCCGAACGCCCUCAAUCCUUUCGCCAUCUGCCCGAUUGGCCGGAAUAUUGAUUAUUCUGAGCCGCAUAACAGGGAUAAGCUGCCUUAUCAGCCCCUUGUGCUGGGUAUAACAAAGAGUGGGCUUUAAGACCGAUUCCACUAAAAAUAGCGUUCUUAUAAGCAUAAGCCUUGCUAAUCAGCAUCUGCUUCAGUUAUAGAUCAUGUAUUGAUGCAAUUGCGCAUCGGGUAACAACGAUUUUUCUGGUGUAAUGGUUUUCCCAUGCUACCGUAAUCCCCUAGAUAUAGGUGCAUAGGAGCUUAUAGGAAAUACCUGGCAGAAGUGGCACGCGCUUGUAAUCGAAUAGAAUUUAUAAGCCCAG